UGUAAUGACGAGACAAUCCCUGAACUGAGUGUUGAGUCAAACCAUUGAAAUCCUAGCGAAAAGUGUUUUCAAUUGUUAUUUAUUUUGUAUUAAUUAUUGUUUUUAACUCACAAUCACUUGAAUUGAUAAUUGAAACCAAUUUUAAUAACCAUUUGUUUGUCGAUUUAGUGAUCCAUUCGUAAGUGAUGUCAAACGCGGGAACCCUUCAGAAAGCCAUAGAAUUGGUGACAAAAGCCACCGAAGAAGACAAGAACAAGAACUAUGAGGAAGCGCUGCGUCUGUACGAGCACUCCGUCGAGUACUUUCUUCACGCAAUCAAAUAUGAGGCGCAGUCCGAAAGAGCCAAAGAGAGUAUACGACAGAAAUGUGUUCAAUAUUUAGAGAGAGCCGAGAAGUUGAAGACUUAUGUCCGCAAUAAAGGCGAUAACAAGAACGACAAGAAACCGGUGAAAGCCGGCGAUUCGGCCAAUAAUAAGGACGACGACAGCGACGAAGAGGACAAGGAUAAGAAGAAACUGAUGAAUCAAUUGGAGGGCGCGAUCGUCAUCGAGAAGCCUAACAUCAAGUGGUCAGACGUGGCCGGACUCGAAGGCGCCAAAGAGGCGCUUAAGGAAGCGGUGAUUCUUCCGAUAAAGUUUCCGCACUUAUUCACUGGCAAUCGGAAGCCAUGGAAAGGGAUCUUAUUGUUCGGUCCGCCGGGAACUGGAAAGUCAUACUUAGCCAAAGCCGUGGCCACCGAAGCCAACAAUUCGACAUUCUUUUCGGUUUCGUCCUCUAAUUUGGUGUCGAAAUGGUUGGGAGAAAGUGAGAAACUGGUGAAAAACCUGUUCGAAAUGGCCCGACAGCACAAACCAAGUAUUAUAUUCAUCGAUGAAAUCGAUUCACUCACGAGUAGUCGCUCUGACACCGAGUCGGAGUCCGCGCGAAGAAUCAAAACUGAAUUUCUCGUCCAAAUGCAAGGCGUUGGCAAUGAUAACGACCAGGUCCUCGUGUUGGGCGCCACAAACAUCCCAUGGGUUUUGGACGCAGCCAUCAGAAGGCGAUUCGAGAAACGGAUUUACAUACCAUUGCCUGAAGAACACGGAAGACUAGAAAUCAUUAAAAUCAAUAUCGGAAACACAGCCAACUCUCUCAACGAUCAGGAUAUGAGGGUUUUGGCCAAAAAGACUCACGGCUUCUCCGGCGCCGACAUCUCGGUGCUCGUGAGGGACGCACUCAUGCAACCCGUGCGCAUCGUUCAGAGCGCCACACAUUUCAAAAAAGUUAGGGGUCCGUCUCGUAGUGAACCGGGAGAGAUGGUGGACGACCUGUUGACGCCGUGUUCGCCCGGAGAGCCCGGAGCCCAAGAGAUGUCAUGGGUUGACGUUCCCGGAGAUAAGCUGUUAGAGCCGGUGAUGUCGAUGAGGGAUGUGUUGUUGUCGUUAUCGAAAGCGAAGCCCACUGUCAACGACUCAGAUCUCGACAAAUUGAAGAAAUUUAUGAAUGAUUUCGGACAAGAAGGCUAACACUGACCCAUAAUUGCGAUCAUAAUGUAAUGUUAUUUUAUAAUAUACUGUUUGAUUGACUCCUAUUUUAAUCAAUUUAUUAAAUCUGAUUACAAUUGUAUCAAAACCUAUAUUUUUAGUAAAUUUUUCAUUAAAUGCUUAUAAAAACUAUAUCUUAAACGCAAAAACAAUACAAUUUUAAACCAAUUUGUUAUUUAAUAAAAGAAUUCACUUUAUUUCACAAUCAAAUCAA